CACCCAGGGACGGACUGGCCAUUUGGAAACUCGGGCAAUGCCCGAGGGCCCGGGGUCAGUAGGGGGCCCCAUGAGAUGCCCCUGGUACCUUUUUCAUAGGCUUUUUUGAGUUUGGGCAAGGACACAGGGGCCCCAUGAUCCCCUAUUGCCCGGGGGCCCCACGAGUUGUCAGUCCGCCCGUCACCACCUAUGCCUCCUCAUUAGUGCCACCUAUCAGUGUCCAUCAGAGAAACCUAUCAGUGCCCAUCACUACAGCCUCAUUAGCGCAC